AUUUCAAUCUUAUUAAAUCUCUUCAAACAUAUCAAUUUUGUGCAUUCAGUGUCAAUAUAUAUAUCCAUGUAUGUGACCAAAUACACUACAAGUUAGAACACCCUAGAGACAGAAACCAAGAUCAUGGAUGAAACUUAUCUUUUCUUCAUUUCUUUUUUCUGUUUGCUUCCUCUCAUAUAUCUUGUCAAAUUGCUUACACACCAAAAGGGGAAAAAUUAUCCACCAAGCCCACCUUCUAUCCCAAUAAUUGGCCAUCUUCAUCUAAUCAAUGGACAUGUUCAUAGAGUGUUACAACACCUUUCUUCCAAGUAUGGUCCCGUUAUGGCUCUACGGUUUGGCACACGCCCGGUUGUUGUCAUAACCUCACCAUCAGCAGCCGAAGAAUGCUUCACCAAAAACGACAUUGUUUUAGCCAAUAGACCACUUCUUCUAAGCGGCAAAUAUCUCGACUACGACCACUCCACAGUUGGUGCCGCACCCUAUGGUCAACUGUGGAGAGAUCUUCGUCGCAUUAUGACCCUUGAACUUUUCUCAACGGCUCGACUUAAAUCUUACUUGGGUGUCCGUGAAGAUGAGGUUAGAUCAUUAAUCAAGAAUCUUUAUCAAGAUUCUUCUCAAGAUUUUACAAAAGUAGAAAUGAGGUCCAGAAUUCAAGGGUUAUCAUUUAACAUAGUCAUGAAAAUGAUUGCUGACAAACGGUUUUAUGGGUCUGGCAUAGAGGACCUUGAGGAGGCUAGUCGAUUUAGGGAUGUAAUAAGGGAUGUUUUUGAGGUCAGUGGUGCAUCAAAUCCUGGAGAUUUCAUUCCAUUUUUAAGAUGGAUAGAUUUUCAGGGUUUCGAGAAGAGGUUAAUGAAACUGCAUAAGAAAUGCGAUAGGUUUUCGCAAAAUCUAAUAGAAGAAAUCAGGAUUAAACGCUGUGGUUCUUCAUUGGACAAAGGAGAUGCCAAGACAUUUAUCGAUGCUAUGCUUUCUUUGCAGGAAUCAGAACCAGAAUAUUACACUGAUGAUAUAAUCAAAGGCAAUAUAUUGAUAUUGCUACAAGCGGGAACCGACACUUCAUCAGGGACAAUAGAGUGGGCUAUCGCGCUUCUACUGAAUCAUCCGGAUGUGUUAGAGAGAGCUAGAAAAGAACUUGAUAAUUAUAUUGGACAAACACGUUUGGUACAAGAGGCCGAUCUUAUCAAUCUGCCAUACAUCCAAUGCAUCAUCAACGAAACAUUAAGACUAUACCCAGCAGGGCCAUUAUUGGUGCCACAUGAGCCUUCACAAGAUUGCACAAUUGGAGGGUUUGAUGUGGCUCGUGGCACAAUGGUAUUGGUGAAUGCAUGGGCCAUCCAUAGGGACCCAAUGAUUUGGGAUGAUCCGCUAAGUUUCAAGCCAGAGAGGUUUGAGAAAGUAGGAAACGAGGGGUAUCGUUUUAUACCAUUUGGAAUGGGUCGUCGACAGUGUCCUGGGUCAGGUCUAGCAAAUCGGAUUAUGGUGUUAGCAUUGGCAUCAAUGAUCCAAUGCUUUGAAUGGGAAAGGGUUGGUGAAGAUUUGGUAGAUUUGUCCGAAGGAAAAGGUCUAACCAUGCCCAAAGAUGUACCAUUAGAAGCAAUGUGUAGAAUACGGCGAAGAAUGAGUCAUCUUAUCUCAGUCCUAUGAGACCUUGUCUCAAACUGAGUGUUGAAUGAUAUCCUUUUAAUUGUUUUAUCUUGUUUUGUUAAAAUAAAUGUAAAAUAUUCAAGUUUAUAUAUAUAUGGUGUGGUCCUAUAAAUAUA